AUGGUCGCCCUGGAGUUUAUUACACAGUUGGACAAACUUCGUUUUGUCGAUUCUGUCGGCUUGGAUGAUUUUGCAGACCGUUGCUCUUAUUUGCUCUCUUUUGCCUUGUUGGUUAUCUGCUUCACCAUUGUUACCCUGAAAUCGUACGUCUUCGAGCCCCUUUCCUGUUACGUACCNNCAUUCUGCUGGAUUAAUGGGACUACACCGAUCAGCGCGGACACAGAUCGGUUAGAUGAUCAAGAAUAUUGGCUGUCCCUGGAGGACAAAAAAAUCAAUUACUAUCAAUGGGUCUCUCUGGUGCUGGCAUUACAAGCUAUUCUGUGCUACGUCCCCCGUCUCAUCUGGGACACAAUCACAUUCAAUCGAGUCGGUACCAAUCUGGGCUUCCUGAUCGAAUCUGCUCAGGCCGCGUCGAAAGAUACCGGUCCGGAACGAAACAAUCGCGUCCAAUUUGUGGCCAGUGUAAUGGACACGCUUCUGUUCGCACGACGCAAUCUGCGCAAAUGUCCCACCGAUUCGGCUACACGGAACCCGUUGGUUCGUUACGGGCAUAUUCUGCGGGAUUUGUUUCCUCGUAAACGACUGGGUACCGCCCUGGCCAGUUACUAUAUGUUCGUCAAAUGUCUGUAUUUGGCCAAUGCGGUUGGUCAGUUAUUGUUAAUGCAACGUUUUCUUGGGGUGCGGGGUGAGUAUCAACUGUUUGGUCUGAGCAUCCUGAAUGAUUUGUUGAUGGGACGACAUUGGAACGAGACGAGUGUGUUUCCUCGCGUGGGAUUCUGUCGCGUUCCGAUUAAACUGACCAGUACACCGAUUCCCAUGGUCACAGUUCAGUGCACUCUACCGGUGAACAUGCUAAACGAAAAGGUGUACGUGUUCCUUUGGUUCUGGUUCGUUUUUGUGGCCUCACUCGAAGUAGCAAGUAUAAUGGUGUGGAUCUACCGACUGGCUGCUCGCCAGUCUCGUCUACGAACGUUGGUACGCUAUUUGAGAGUUGCCGACGCCUAUGAUGAGGGCAUGGACCCGUUGCUAACUCGGUUCGAAAUGACGUUUCUACGUCUGGAUGGGAGUUUCAUCCUCCAGAUGAUGCGCCUUAAUGCCGGAAGUCUGAUUACUCAGGAAAUUUUACAGGCUAUGCUGAAACGAUACACCGAACAAGAAGAAUAUGCAUUAGCCCAACAGAAACGCAAGGAACGUCAACAGCGAGAACAGUUCGCGUCUCAAAACGGUCCGGAAAAAUUGCAAUCAGAAAAACGUGGAUUGUUGGAGGCGGAUACAAACGAGUGCACGGUCAGCAAGCGUUCGGAUCCUGUCUGA